CCCCAUUCUCGCCGCCGCCGCCGCCGCCGCCGCUGCCUCGGCUCGGGCUCGGCCUCGGCCUCGGGGCCGCUUCCGCCUCGGCCUGGGCCCGGGCAGCCUCUGCGCCCCUGCCCCGCUCGGCCGGCCCGGGGGGCAGCGGGCCGGGGGGAUGCGCCAGCGGGCGCCCGGCCGGGGGCCAUGGAGGGCGGCGAGGCGGCGGGCGGCCCGGGGCGGCCGCUGAGCGACGCGGAGCUGGCGGCGCUGGCCAAGGAGGAGCUGGUGCGGAGGCUGCGGCAGGAGGAGGCGGAGAAGCUGGCGGCGCUGGUGCAGCGCGGCCGCCUCAUGCAGGAGGUCAACCGGCAGCUGCAGGGCCACCUGGGCGAGAUCCGCGAGCUCAAGCAGGUCAACCGGCGGCUGCAGGACGAGAACCGCGAGCUGCGCGACCUCUGCUGCUUCCUGGACCACGAGCGCCAGAAGGGCCGCCGCGUGGCCCGCGAGUGGCAGCUCUUCGGGGCGCACGCGUCCCGCGCCGUGCGCGACGAGCUGGCCGGCUGCUGGCAGAAGCUGGCGCAGCUCGAGGGCCGCCAGGACGAGCUGCUGCGCGAGAACCUGGCGCUCAAGGAGCUCUGCCUGGCGCUCGAGGAGGAGUGGGGCCCGCGGGCGGCCCCCGGCGCCGGAGCAGCCGCGGCCGCCGCGGGAGGAGGAGCGGCGCCGGCGGCCGCGGGAGGAGGAGCGGCGGCCGAGGCCGGGCCCGAGCCCGCCGGGGGCCCCGGAGGCCCGGGGCCCGAGCUGGGGCUGCCCCCGUGCGGGGCCCGGGACGUGGGAGACGGCAGCUCGAGCACGGGCAGCGUGGGCAGCCCGGACCAGCUGCACCUGGCCUGCUCUCCGGACGACUGAGCGAGCCCCGCCCCCGCCCCCGCCCCGGCCCCUGCUCUGUCCAGCCCGGAUGCGCCCCUGCCCUCGGGCAAUAAAACUGCGGAGACCCCG